AUGUCGAGUGGCUAUGUCGUGCCGCCAGCUAGCUCAGCUGGUCUCAUCGCCCGCAAGUCCAUACCCAAGUGGACCAACAGUGUCAUCGAGCUACUCGGCUGCCCCAUCUCGCCCUGCUGGACCGUCUUCCAGUGGAUACCUCGUGCCAUCAGCCCUUCAGCCGGACCUUCAUCGAGCAACUACUUUGCCCCACCUGGAAGCUCUAUCGAAGCUGCUCCGACAUACACAGGCGGAGAUUCUACAUCUUCUACCGCCACAGGAUCCUCGGGUACCGCCUCUGGCACGAACUCAGCGUCAUUGUCUACUACUCCUGGUUACCCAAGCCCCUCGCCCACAACAGGUCCUGUAUCCACGGUCAUCGAUAGCACUAUUAGGAUUACGAGCUAUCAGACACAGACUCUCAUUUCGUACAUCACGGCAGGGCCUUCAGACGUGCCUGGCAAUGACACCAACACCAACACCAAUACGCAAGCUAUCCCGACCAGCGUCCCUUCAGGUGUCUCUGGUGGUCCCUCUGGAUCUGGUUAUCCCUACCCAUCUGGCGGCAUCAACGGCACGAUUGUUGCCCCCUACCCCAGCUACAUCGAAGUGCCCAUCAACACCGGCCAUGUCGUCGGUGCCGGAAAGAGUUCCCUCGCGGCUAUUGUCGUUGCUCUCGUCUUCGCUCACUUUGCAUAA